AUGUCUUAUAACGGAAUAGGACUCAAAACUGCGAGGGGAACGGGUACCAACGGGUACGUUCAGCGGAAUCUAGCUUCCGCAAAGAGACAAGAAGGACAGGCAAAUGGACAGUUUGCCAGGCGUGAACUUAUAUCCGGAACAAACAACAAAAACUACGUGAGAACACAGAAACAACUGAGCCUUGGAAAAGACGUUGAAAUAAGCGAACACGAAUCUAAGAGGGCCAUAGAGGUCAGAUGUAUGGAUCUAAGGGAAGAGCUCGAGGACGGUGGGUUAGAUGAUGAAACCAUAGAUCUACGGGUUGAUGAGUUCAGGGAGAGGUUAAUGAAGAGACUGAAGCCAGUGAAGAUACGACACAACGCAGAGUUGAAGGAGGAGCAAUCUCGAGUUUUCAAGGAAAGUAUCCGGGAAAGAGAGCCAUAUGGUCUGAAGAAGUUGAGGCCGAGAUCAAGAUCACCGCCACAAAGAAAUGAUGCUGGGAAUAAAGAUGCAGAGAAGUUCAUCAAGGACUUCGAAUACAAAUCUUCGAUGUAUUAA